GGGGCACGGAGAAAACCAAUCGCAGAAAAGGCAAAUGUAAAUGGUUCAAUGUUGCGAAAGGAUGGGGUUUUAUCACGCCUUACGACGGGGAGGCCGACAUUUUUACCCAUCAGUUUCAAGACCUUUUAGCCAAACGAAUUAACAUCUUCAACUUCAACUUGCUUUUAAAGAAGUGCUACAACUGUGGGGAGUUAGCCAAUCAUGUUGCAGCGAAAUGCAUUCUUGGACCUCAACCUAAGAAAUGUCACCACUGCAAGUCUGAGGAGCAUCUAAUUGCCGAUUGCCCCUUUCGUGAUGAAUUGCGGAAACUUAAACCCGAGAGGCAAGAGCCGCCAGAAUAGGCGUGUGGAAUACAAACAUUUUAUCGGUAAAAGCUCCUGUUACCGAGAAUAAUAAGACGUUGGACCAAGGUCAGAAGUACAGAGUUGCUAGUGGUAGUGUCAUGGCGUUAUUUAGGUCAAUGUUUAUAGAGACAACUUGCCACAGGAAAAAAGUGACCCUCUCUUCAGUUUGGUGUGUAGUUCCUAAUACCCUUUUGGGGUUGAGACCUAUUAACCUCUCCCCUAGUCCAGUUCAGUCCGCCCAGCCGCCCCUUUGCUGACCAUGUGUCAGUCUAACAUCACAACUUUUGGUCCACAACCCUAAAAUAAAACCGCCUUCAUCGGAGACUGUAGGGACAAUCUAUCUCUGUGACAACUGUCGUUAUGUGAUAUUUAAUAUUGUUUGAAUAUACUACAGAGAUAUAAGACAAUAUCUGCAGAGAAACACUGGUCUAACAGUACGCCAGCUUUUAAUACAAACACUGUCAUCUAGGGUUAACACAGUGUGAACAUUUUUCUUAUUAUCAUGACCUUUUAUACAAGAGUCAUGUCUGCUUUUAAAUUAUAUUUUACUACACGUGAAUGUUGUUUUCAUAGGAGAUUAAUGUUUUGUGAUAGCUUUUCUUACUUUAGUGAAAAUGAGUAAUAAGUUCAAUGGUGAAAAUCUCAUUUUCGUUAUGUCUGAUAUUCGGGAAACCUACCGUUCGUCCUUAGUUAUUUGAUAUAAAAUACCAGUAAAAUCUCACUUGCUUGUUUCCGUC